AUGAAACCCGCACAACCCCCAGAGAAACCUGCAAAACUCCCAGAGAAACCUGCACAACCCCCAGAGAAACCUGCAGAACUCCCAAAGAAAUCUGCACAACCCCCAGAGAAACCUCCACAACUCCCAGAGAAACCUGCACAACUGCCAGAGAAACCUGCACAACCCCCAGAGAAACCUGCACAAUCCCCAGAAAAACCUGCACAACCCCCAGAGAAACCUGCUCAACCCCCAGAGAAACUUGCACAACUCCCAAAGAAACCUGCACAACCCCAAGAGAAACCUGCACAACCCCGAGAGAAACCUGCACAACUCCCAGAGAAACCUGCACAACCCCCAGAGGAACCUGCACAACCCCAAGAGUAA